AUGAGUGUUUCAGCAAUUAGAAUAAAUGCAACAGUUUUACCUGCAAAAGCAGCAAUAAUAAUGGUUCAUGGAUUAGGUGAUUCAGGUUCAGGUUGGAGUUGGAUGGCUCAAUUAAUUGAACAAACUAAAUUAAUACCAGAAUCAAAAUCAAUAAAUUAUGUAUUUCCAAAUGCACCAACAAUUCCAAUAACUGCAAAUAAUGGAUAUAAUAUGCCCGCAUGGUUUGAUAUUUAUGAAUUUGGUACAGCAAAAGCAAAACAAGAUGUUGAUGGUUUUUUUAAAAGUUGUGAAGUAUUAAAAGGAUUAGUUGAUGAACAAAUUAAUAAAUUUAACGUACCAGCUGAUAAAAUUAUAAUUGGUGGAUUUAGUCAAGGUGCUGCUAUAUCUUUAGCAACAUUAACUUUAUUGAAAAUUAAAAUUGGUGGAUGUAUUGCAUUAUCAGGAUUUUGUGGAGUUAGUGAUGAAGUUACUUCAAGACAUACAAAAGAUAUAAAUUAUGAUACUCCAAUUUUUCAAGGUCAUGGUACUGUUGAUCCAAUGAUAAAUUAUGAUUAUGGUAAACAAACAAGUGAAUUUUAUAAAAAAUUGGGUUUUAAAAAUUUAAAUUUUCAUAGUUAUAGUGGAGUAGCUCAUUCUACAAGUGAAGAAGAAUUAAUUGAUGUUGUUAAAUUUAUAAAAUCUAUAAUAGACAAGUAA